UUUCAUUUAACUCGAUGACUGAAUUGUAUAAUAAAUAACUUUUUAAAUCUUUUUUUGAUAUAUGGCAAAAAAUGGAACUAAUAUGUGCAGUACAAAAUUAUGAUUGGGGUAAAUAUGGUAGAGACAGUAUUGUUGCAUCAUUAAUUAAAACAUCAAACCCUAAUUUUGUAAUAAACGAAGAAAAACCAUACGCAGAGCUAUGGAUGGGUACACAUGUUAAUGGUCCUUCAUAUUUAAUGGAAAAAAACAUUUCUUUAGAAAAAUAUAUAGAAGAAAAUACAAAUGUAUUGGGUUCUGAAGUAGAACAAAUAUUUCAAUCAUCUUUACCAUUUCUUUUUAAAGUUUUAUCCGUAAGAAAAGCAUUGUCUAUUCAAGUACAUCCGGAUAAGAAAAAAGCAGAAGAAUUACAUUUAUUUGAUCCUACAAUUUAUAAAGAUUCUAAUCACAAGCCAGAAUUAAUGAUAGCUUUAACAGAAUUUGAAACACUUUGUGGUUUUCGUCCAAUUGAAGAAAUAAAAAAAUAUUUAGAAUUACUUCCUGAAUUACGAGCAUUAAUUGGUGAUGAUUUAGUUCAUGAAUUUAUGAUAACAAAUGAUUCAGAAUAUAGAGAACCUUUAAAAAAAUGUUUUCGUAGUCUUAUGAUGUGUGAGCAUAAUUUAGUAAUAGAACAACUUAAACAUUUAUUAGAACGAUUGUCACAUUUAGAUAUAUCAUCUCAACAAUUAUUGAAUGCUGAUUUGUUGCGAAAACUUGAUUCAUAUUUUCCUGGGGAUAUUGGAUGUUUUGGUAUAUAUAUGUUUAAUUAUAUUACUUUACAACCAGGCGAGGCUGUAUAUAUUGCUCCAAAUGAACCACACGCUUAUAUAUAUGGUGAUUGUAUAGAAUGUAUGGCAUGUUCUGAUAAUAUAGUACGUGCUGGAUUAACACCAAAGUUGAAAGAUGUAAAAACAUUAACAGAAAUGUUAACAUAUAAAUGUGAGCCAGAUUUUGCAAAGAAGUUUCCUGGUUAUUGUGAAGAUAAUUGUACAGAAAUAUUUCAACCUCCAGUGCCAGAUUUUGCAGUAGCCAAAAUUUUAAUACCAUGUGAUAAAAUGGAAUAUGAAUUGAUUCCAAGAAAAUCAGCUAGUAUAAUUAUUGUCAUAAAUGGUAAAGGAAAAAUUCGUUCAUCACAAAUUAUACAAAGAGGAACUAUUUUAUUUGUUCAUGCUAAUGAAAAACUGUUGGUGAAAAUUGUAGAAAAUUGUUCAUUGUUAAUGUUUCAAGCAUUUGCAAAUGUAUGAAAAAAAAAAAAAAAAAAUGAACAGUUAAUAAUUCACUUUUAUAAACAUGAGGAAUAUAAAUUGAUAUAUUUCUCUAUUGUGAUUUUAAUGUAAUAUUUUUCUUAUUACAGA